AUGUCCUAUUUGAUUGAUGAUGUGCUUCCAACUGUGUUUUCAGUAGCUGCUGUUCUUCUGGGGCUGGCAGUUAAUGGAUUUAUCCCACUUGUAAACAUCAAAGACUGGUUAACAGCAAGAAAGAUGAAGCUAUCCGAUCGGAUCUUAACAGUCCUGUGUUCCACCAGAUUUUUCUUGCAAUUUACUUUUUUUCUGGAACUUACAGGCAUUUCUUUUGGCCUGAUUCCAUUGUCGGCCUAUGCUGCCUACUGUAUCACUUAUGUGGUAGAGCUCUUACUGGACCUUUUCAGUCACUGGCUAAGUAUGUGGCUUUGCUGCUUGUACUAUGUGAAGAUCACAAUCUCAAAACAUCCUCUGAUCCUUCAGCUGAAAUCAAAGAUCCCCCUUAUCACCAAAUAUGCCAUCCUCCUGUUUGCCUUCAUUUCCUUUGUUACAGGACUCAUAUAUUAUAUGAGUGGAGAUGAAAUAUCUUGUCUACAUGGUCUUGGCAACACUUCGACAGAAAACAGAACUUUUGAAAACCUUCAGCAACUGUUGAUGACCUCGUAUGUCUUUGGCCAGGCUUUUCCAUUUAUGAUAGAGAUGUUGUCAUCAAUGUAUCUGCUCUCCCUCUUGCAUUCACACGUGAAACACACCAGAAUCAAUAUUCCAAAUUUUAAGGCACCCAGCAUGGAUGCCCACUGGUCUCUAAUUCGAUACAUUCUUUUACUGUAUUUUUUGUCUAUGUGUAAUUUAAUUGGUAACCUGCUCCUCUGGAAAAUAACAUUGAAUAAUACUGGCCGUUCGGUUGGUUACUUUAUCAUUUUUUCUUAUCCUACCUUCCACUCCAUAACGCUUAUCCUUUGUAAUCCCAAGCUGAAAAGGGAAAUGGUCAAAAUGUUCUUCUGGCCAAGAAAUGCAGUUUGCGGCUUCCAAGGAGACGGAGAAUUCAGAACAGAGACUGUUACACAGUGA